AUGAGCUUCGAGGUGGAUCGUUUUUCGCCGGCGUGGGCACACGUAGCCCUAUGUGCUGAUCUUACUUGGGCCUCGGAACCACCUGAUGAUUUCAUCUUAGCAAACCAGCGCCUAUUGGCACAACACUAUCGUGUUUCCCAAAUCUUGCAAGACACGACGACUGAAUCUUCGCAAAAUCAAACAAACCAUUGUGAUUUAGGGGGUAAGGUGGAAUAUUGGUUUCGGAAGCUGAUGGAGGAUCCAACUGAGAGAAACCUGCUGCCGCGCCGCCGCAGGCAAUACCGUAUACCGGCUAGUGACGAUUUUAGCGAUGAGUUUGGUAUGUCAAUAACGAUAACUAAUGGACACCGAUCGGCAGCUAGCGAGCGCUGGGGCCCGAGCGGGGCACGGACUUUAGAGGAGGCGACCUUGGAGGCGAAAGUUAGGAGUGUACGCCGGCUGUGGCAAGAGGACGUUCCGAGGUCAAGGGCACCGAGCCCGCCUCAGGUGACUAGGAAGAUGCGCGCGAGACGACGGCAGCCAAGGCGUCUAUCUGCACUCGCUCCACCACCGCCCUUAUACUGCUUGGAUGCUCCAGCGCAACUGGUCUGUGACCCGACUUGUAAGUUUCAUUUUGAAACACCAAAACCCCCUCUGGCGGACUGUCAACGGGCAAUUAGUCGAUACUCUGCAAGUAUGCAAGCAUUGAUGAGAGUCACAGCCGCCAGAUGUCCCCUAUAUCGAGGGACUAAUGUUAGCCGCUACGCCCCCACUGGUUCUCGACCUUUGAGAUGCACGGAGAGACGUUGCAGCAUCUGGUGGCCGAAAGACCACCAUAAUAGACCAGAGCAAAAAUUCCCUAAACUAGAAAUGAAGCCUCCUACACCGGAAAAAGAAGAAUCACUGGAAUUAGAAGUCAAAACAGAGUUGGACAACGAAAAGGGUGGUAAAGAAAAUAAAGAUGCAGACGGAACACAAGAAAGUUCAAAACAAAGAGAAAUAGUGGUCGAAGAUGAUCAAAUUGCAUCAACGAGUUCUGCUGCUGUAGAUAACGAAAGAAAGAAACGACUAUACAGCACAGUACUAAGCAUGAGCCCUCCACCGAUCAACAUAGCAGCCGGUUGCAUCAGGUUGUCACAGAAGCUUGCACCAGGAAUUUUGAAACUUAAUCCAAAGGUAGUGUUACAAACCCGCCUGCGAACUUCGAAUGUUGAUAAUAAAUUUGAAGAGCUCGAGAAGGAAGCUUUGGAACAAUACAAAGGCUCAGAUGAAAGCAUAGACUCAAAAUUUCAAGAAUUAGAAAAAGAGGCUGUUGAACAAUAUAGCACGAGUAACAGCAACACUAGUUGCAGUAGCGGAAAUUCAGGAGAGAAAAAUCUUAAGAGCGCAACAGAAGAAGCUAAGCAAGAGCUCCCAAAAUUUAAUAAAGAAAAAUCCUUAGAUAGCCUGGUAAUAUAUUCGCAAAAUUUUCCAGAUCUUAACGCGAGGGGGCACAGCAGUGUAACCAAUUUAAAAAACUCCCACGUCCCCCAGAGGGGGGACAAAAAAGAACAAAGCCACCGGCCUAGUAAGGCCUCUAGAAAUAUUAAGACUGAUUCGCAAAGAGCUGGUUCAGAUACAGACUACGAAUCUAGGAAUAACAAAGCCAAUCACAAAGGUGCAAUGCGAUGGACCUUACACGUGAUGCCACCCAAGAAAAGGCAUCUUUCAUCGUGCGUAUCGGAUUUUUCAUCUGACGAUGACAUGGAAGAGCCGCCGGGCUCCAUCAAAGAUGGGCCCUGCAUCAAAAACCAUAUAUCUGGUAAAGUUAAAAUGUCAGCCCAUGGGGCAGGAGACUUGCAACCAAUCAUGAGAAAAACUUAA